CUAACGGUUGAGACGUUGAAGGGUAAUCAACCAACAGUUGAUUCAACUAAUGCGUUGAAUCGACGCCCAUCCCUAAGUGUGUGUGUUGUUUUGAUAUUUUUUUGAGAGUUAGAGGUUAUUAAAAAAAUUGGUUUAUAAACAUAAAAUGUAUAAUCCAAAACGUUCUUAAAUCAUUCAUGCCCCUACUAAUUGGUAACUGAGUUCAAUGGCAGACGAAGAAAGACUUCAGCGAAUUAAAGCCGGGGCAUUCCUAGCAUCUGUAGCCGGGAUUUCUGCCCUUGUUGGUUUUAGUGCUACUUUAUCAGCUGCAAAAAAGUCGGAUCCAAAAUACUUUAACAAAGGCUUACAUAGCAGUGUGGAAUUAGCAGAUGCUGGAGCAAUUUUAGCAUUGCGUGCCCUGGGUUGGGGUACAUUCUAUGCUGUAGCUGGUACCUCAUGCUUGUGUUAUGGCAUAUGGAAGCUUUCAGGAGCUAAAGAUCUUAAAGAUUUUAGAAUGAAAGUAGGUAACAUGCUCCCAGUUCUACCUAAGAAUAACCCCCCACAAUCAAGGACGGAGUUUAGCGGCCUAAAUGAUCUACUCACAUACUUAGCUGAAGAUUACGGAAAGAAACCAGUGAAAGAUAAUUAG